GUACUCAGCCAUCUUGUGUAGAACUGAGAGAGAACCACACAACUCGAAUACAUAUCCCGUGCUGUCAGAGCAAGCAGAGAACUUCAAGGAAGUAUGGCUGAAACCCAGACACUCAACUUUGGACCAGAAUGGCUCCGGGCUCUGUCUGGGGGUGGUGGUGGCAGUGGCCUUGGGAGCAGCAGCAUUGUCGCCUCCCCGCCACUCUCACCUGCAUUGCCAAAGUAUAAACUUGCAGAUUACCGCUACGGGAGAGAAGAAAUGCUAGCACUUUAUGUAAAGGAUAACAAGGUCCCUAUAGACCUACAUGAUAAGGAAUUUCUGCCCAUUUUACAAGAUGAGCCCUUGCCACCACUGGCAUUAGUGUCUUUUACAGAGGAGGAACAGAGAAAUUUUUCCAUGUCUGUAAACAGUGCAGCUGUACUUCGGCUGACAGGGCGAGGCGGGGGUCCGAUAGCUGGGGCACCAAGAGGCAGAAGUACCUCAAGGGGUAGAGGUCGGGGAAGAGGAGAUGGAGGCUUUUACCAAAGAAGUUUUGAUGACGUGGAAGGGGGCUUUGGUCGUGGAGGAAGGGAGAUGCAUCGCUCCCAGAGCUGGGAAGAAAGGGGAGACAGAAGGUUUGAAAAGCCAGGUCGAAAAGACCCAGAUGCCGCUCCAGCACAUUUUCAGAUUAAUCACAUCCGAGCUAACUAUGAAGAUGUUGGAACAGGCCUGCCAAGGAAACACGACUUCACACGCUCGGAGAGUGAGAACUGGCGCACCUCCCGAGACGAUCAGAAUGGUGAGGAUGAUGAAGGGGGCUGGCGCCUAGCAGGUUCUCGACGGGAUGGCGAGCGGUGGUGCCCCCCAAGCCCAGAUGGGCCUCGGUCAGCAGGGUGGCGGGAACACCCAGAGCAACGCCGGCGGUUCCCAUUUGAUGCCAGAGAGGAGGAGCGUGGUUACCGGCGGCCACGGUCAGGCAGCGGCAGCCUGGAGGAUGAGAGGGACAGCCUUCCAGAGUGGUGUCUGGAAGACGCAGAAGAGGAGACAGGCACUUUUGACUCGUCAGGAGCGUUCCUUUCACUCAAGAAAGCCUCAAAGGAGCCCAUCCUGGAGGAGGCAGAGCUGGAUUUCAGACCCUUGGAAGAAUGUGAAGAGGGUCUGGAGGAAGAGGACAUUCACCUCAAGGAGACCAAAGAGAUGGAGACAGAGGUCAAGAGAGACACUGAUAGAAAAGAGGAGUCAGCCAGAAUGGAAGAGGAGGCUCCAUCAGCUUCUCCCCCUGCUCCAGAACCCCACACUCUGGCCCUGUCACUGCCCCCUAGCCAGCCUAGCAGGGCAGAAGAGCCUGAGAGGACAACGGAGCGGACAGAGCGACAGUCUCCCCUGGAGCCACGGCUAGAGCCCAUCAAAGCCCCCCUGCAUGUCCCCAUGACCAAUAGCAUGCUGGAGUCACUACCCAUGACCCACAUUGCCAACACUCUCACAGAAGUCUCUGCUCCAUCACCCACCAUCCAGCUGCAACAACAAAAGCCCAUGGAGGUUCCAGUGGUAAUGUCCAACCCCCUACCCUUCACCACCAGUGUGAUGGCUCCCAUUAGCCGGCCUGCCGCCAUGCCUCAUGACCAGGAUGAAGAUGAGGGACUGAAAAACUUUGAGCAGGAGGCAGAGAAGAUGGUAGCAUACUUACAGGAUGGCGGGGUUGAUGAUGACAGGCCAGCAGCCAAGAGCUCUGAGAAGCCGAAGACCGCAGGCCUGCCUCUCACUCAUGAAGCUGCUCUCAAAUGGUUCUACAAAGAUCCCCAGGGGGAGAUACAGGGUCCGUUCAGUAACCAAGAGAUGACUGAGUGGUUCCAGGCCGGUUACUUCACCAUGACUCUCUUGGUGAAGAGGGGCUGUGAUGAGGUAUUUCAACCCCUGGGAGAGAUCAUCAAGCUGUGGGGAAGGGUGCCCUUUUCCCCGGGUCCUGCACCUCCCCCCCUACAGGGUGAUGGUGAUCAGGAGAGGUUGAAGAGGCAGCAGGAGCUCACUGCCCUAAACCUUUACCAGUUACAGCAGCUCCACUAUCAAUACCUCCUCAGGCAGCAGUAUGCCCUGGCACAGCAAAAGGCUGCAGCUCUCAGUUCUGCUCCUCUUCAGCAGCAACAGCAACAGCAGCAGCAAAUCAACCUGCUCAUUCAGCAAUACCAGGUCCUCAAGAUGAGAGCAUCUGAGAGCCUCCUACCUCCUGUUACCCGAUCCCUGUCUGUGCCAGACUCAGGGUCUGUUUGGGAAAUGCAGAACACAUCCUCUCAGGCCUCCUGCACACCAAACCUCCAACAAGCUGCUCCUAGUACGUGGGAUGGCAGCAGUGUAUGGGAUCUACCCAUAGACUCCAUGGCGCAGGCUCCAACUAUCGAGCAGAUGCAACAGCUAGAAAAGGCAAAGGCUGCUAAGUUGGAGCAGGAGAGGCGUGAAGCAGAAGUGAGAGCCAAGAGGGAGGAGGAGGAGAGGAAAAGGCUUGAGGAGGCCUUGCGAGCCCGACAAGAGGUGGAACGCAAGCACCUGGAGGAAGAGGAGCGCGCACGGCAAAAACAGGAGGAGGCAUUGAGGAGGCAGCGGGAGCAAGAAGAGGCGCAGCGCAGGCAAAAAGAAGAAGAGGAGAGGCUGGCUCAGGCGGAGGCUCUCCGGAGACUAGAGGAGAGACGGAGAGAAGAAGAGGAGAGGAAGAAAAGGGAAGAAUUCAUCCGUAAACAGGAGGAAGAACGGAGGAAGCAGGAGGAACUGGAGGCUUUGAGGAGGCGUGAGGAGGAGAAGCGUGCUGAGGAAGAAGCUGCGGCUGCAGCAGCGGCGGCUGCCCUGGCCAGGCAGCAGCAGGAGGAACAGAAGAAGAGGGAGCAGGAGGCACAGCGACAGCAGGAGCUGCAAAGACAGAGGCAGCAGGAGGCCCUCCGGCGGCUCCAGCAGCAGCAUCAACAACAGCAGCUCGCUCAAAUGAAGCUCCCAUCCUCCUCAAAGUGGGGCCAGCAGUCAGCCAAUACCAUAAACCAGACGCAGAAUGCCCUGUCACUUGCCGAGAUUCAAAAAUUGGAAGAGGAAAGAGAACGACAGACGCGGGAGGAGCAGCGGCGCCAGCAGCAGGAGCUCUUGAAGCUGCAACAGCAGCAGGCCUUACAGCAGGCCCAGCAGCCACAGGCCAAGCUCUCUGGCUGGGGGAGCGUUGCCAAGCAGCCGGCUGCCACCAAGUCCCUGCUGGAGAUCCAGAGAGAGGAGGCCCAGCAGAUGAAACAGCGGAAAGAGCAGCAGCAGCAGCCUCACCCCACUGUCACCCAGCAAAACCGUGCACAGAACAGAACUUCCACUCUGAGCACCUCGGUGUGGGGCUCUGUCAGCACUGGCACCAGUUCUAACUGGGGUUCAGACUCUGCCAGUAUCUGGGGCGACACCCACAACUCUAACAUGGGCUUCUGGGAUGAGGCUGUGAAGGAGGCUGCCCAGAACCCUCCCCAAUCCAGGAAAGGCAAUGCCCAGAAGAACAACAAGGGCAAUGCCAACCUCAGUAACUCUGUGAGUGGACGGGCCAACAAGAAGGUUGAAGAAGAAGAGAAACUACUAAAACUGUUCCAGGGGGUCAAUAAGAGCCAGCAGGAUGGCUUCAUGCAGUGGUGUGAGCAGACCCUGCACACACUCAACACGGCCAACAACCUGGAUGUUCCAACAUUUGCAUCGUUCCUGAAGGAGGUGGAUUCGCCAUACGAGGUGCAUGACUACAUCAGGGCCUACCUGGGGGACACUCCCGAGGCCAAGGAGUUUGCCAAGCAGUUCUUGGAACGUCGUGCCAAACAGAAUGCCAACCAACAGAAACAGGCCUCGCAGAACCAACAGCAAGCCCUCAAGCAGCAGGAUUCUGUAUGGGGAGGGACGGUUUCUUCCUCACUCUACCAGUCCAACCACACAAGCCUCCAGCAACCGCGCUUUGAAACUGUUACCUCAGGGAAGAAGAAGAAAAAGCAAAAGAUGGUCCGUGCAGACCCAAGCCUUCUAGGUUUUUCUGUGAACGCAUCAUCUGAGAGAUUGAAUAUGGGUGAAAUUGAGACUGUGGAGGACUUCUAAGGGACUGCUGCCAACCAACCCCACUGACUAUAUCCCUUUUGAACAGCGUUCAUCUUAUCCUCACCCUUGUCCUGCCCCAGACCCUCCCACCACCUUCACAAUUUCCCCCCUUUCCAAAAACAAGCUCUGAUAAUCCCAAUUUAAAUCCAAACAGCCAUUGGAUGCAGGGGGAGUUUACCGAAAGUACCACCCAAUCUCAUGAAACCCCUUGAACAAAAAGGACAAGCAAAAAGACCAAUUCUAACAUCUGACCAGCCAAGUGAGCAACCAACAAAUGACCUCCCAGGUAUCUGAAAAUGGCUCCUGAAGGGUUCUCAAUGCCUCAGUCUGCCAUUGGCUGUUUAGUCCAAGCUUCAUGUUGCAUUGCUGAAUUUACACCAACAAUAAUGUCCAAAUUUGGUCUCCACAUUUUGUUUUGAGGUUUUUUUUUUGUAUGGGUACAGUGGUGGUAGGAUUAAUGGGAAAGGUUAGAGAGA